GUGAGCGAAGCUGUGAUGAGCGGCCGAAUCAGUGCGUCCCGCUGAACUUCUGGAGCACCGAGGACCCAGAAAAACAACUCCUGAGACGCACAGGCUGAGGCAGCUCUGCGUGGAUCGUUUCAGCGCAGAAAGAAGAGACGGCGCGUCUUGACAACAUAUCAUCUUGGUUUUGUGCGCAGCGCUGGAGAGCUCGAGGUUGACUUUGGCUGACUGGACGCGCGGACAUCGGGCUGUCAUCCGCAAUGAAAUAUCGUUUUAUUACUAUUAACUGUAAAUAUGUUAUCGUGUCACCUUUAUUUCGCUCUGUGUAAAUCAGUUCUUGCUUGCUGUUCGGAUGAGACGCUCGGCUGUACGCGCGUCUCCAAACGAGGACGCACGGAGAUUGCACAAGUGUCAAUAUUUACUCUAACCCGGUCCCUCGUAUUCAGUGUCGCCUCGUUGUAAACGACUCCAAAUUCGAUUAUUACAAAUUAAUUCUUCCCAUUUUGAGGACAGCAGCCUCGUCAAGCCAUUUGGGGAGAAACGCGCAAUCUGCGCAAAAGAAGUUUCUGGUUGUUCUGGCUGUGUUCUAACUCCGCAAGGACCGAAGGACGGCAGUUUCGGGAGGGAAAUUCGUUUUUUCAAAGUGGCAAUAAUUGAAAAGCACCAAUCUGUGUCUUGACGCAUUGCCCAGAACUGCUUUGUGUGCUUAAAAUGGACUUGGUGGACCUGCCGUGGAGGGUACAGGGGAGCUUUCAUUUGGAAAAAACACAGAGACGAAGCAACUGAGAUAAGCCUGGAAAGAUAACCCCAGCAUGGCCUUGGUUCUGGACAACGGCUGCUCCAUGGAGCUGAGCGGCUGGAACAGCAGCGUGAGCAUCUCCGGAGCCUCCGUGCCCUGCAACCAGAGCGUCCUGAAGCUCGCCCCUUACUCCCCCGAAGCCACGGCCGCCUUUGCCACCGCCAUAACCUUGAUGGUGCUCUUCACCAUCGUGGGAAACAUCAUGGUCAUCAUCGCCGUGCUGACCAGCAGGUCCCUCCGAGGUCCGCAGAAUCUCUUCCUGGUGUCUCUGGCCGCUGCGGACAUUUUGGUGGCCACACUCAUCAUCCCCUUCUCCCUGGCCAACGAGCUGCUGGGCUACUGGUACUUCAAGUCGCUGUGGUGUGAGAUCUACCUGGCGCUGGAUGUGCUCUUCUGCACCUCCUCCAUCGUGCACCUGUGCGCAAUCUCCCUGGACCGCUACCUGUCCAUCUCCAGGGUCACUUACGGGCGUCAGCGGACUCCCAGACGCAUCAAAGCAGCCAUUGUGGUGGUGUGGCUCAUCUCUGCCAUCAUCUCCUUCCCUCCCCUGCUCUCGCUGAACAAAAGUGAGGGAGGCGACCAGGGGAGUGAGAGAGGACCUCAGUGCCAGCUGAACGAUGAGCGCUGGUACAUCCUCUACUCCACCAUUGGCUCCUUUUUCGCCCCGUGUCUCAUCAUGAUCCUGGUCUACAUAAGAAUUUACCAAAUAGCCAAGCAGAGGACGCGCUGCCCCCCUGGAGAGCCCAGGAAGGAUGGGGUCGGCUGUGCAACACCGAGUCAGCCUCCACGACAUGUACAAGCCAACGGGAAGGAGGAGGAGGAGAGCACACCCCCUUCAUCCAACAAAGCCUCAAACACCAGACCCCCCACCCUCGCUAUAACCCCUUCCCCAUCCCAGGGAGAGUCUCAAAACUCCCAGAAUCCCACCACCAAUAACCUCCUGCAGCCUCCAUCCCCUUCUCCAGCCAUGUCCCCGGUCACAGCCUCCGUUGAUACCUCUCCCCACGGCCCCUCGACCCCCUCCUCUGUGCCUCUGUCUGCCCCCAAGAAGAAAGAGGGGGGGAAGAAGGGCAAGCGUCUGGGGGGGAAGAAGGCCGACAACAACAACGGCGACAGCUCGAGCACAGAGAGCGAUAUGGAGCACAGCCACGGAGGAGGCCGUGGCAGCACCAGCAUGCCAGGCUCCCCAGCAGGAGGGGGGAUCCAUUCCCCGGCCUCAGUGAAGCGCUACAGGGAUAUGAUCGCCACUUCAAAGGGGGCUCGGCUGGUGCCAGGGAGGAAGUCGAAAAAAGACGACAACCCCGGAGCAGCGAGGCGUAAAGCCAUGGUGAACAGAGAGAAACGCUUCACCUUUGUGCUGGCGGUGGUCAUUGGGGUCUUUGUGGUGUGCUGGUUCCCUUUCUUCUUCUCCUACUCUCUGCAAGCAGUGUGCCCGGACACCUGCGUCAUCCCUGACCCACUCUUCAAGUUCUUCUUCUGGAUUGGUUACUGCAACUCCUCGCUCAACCCCGUCAUAUACACCAUCUUCAACAAAGACUUCAGAAAGGCCUUCAAAAAGAUACUGUGCAGCAGCACCAAGGGUACUUUCUUCUAGCACACAAAUCUGCUGUAGAGGACAUGGACACACGCACACACACGAAAAUGCUGUUUCCCAGGCAUAAAAAAUCAACAAUCAUUUCCAUUUUUCAGAACACUUAAAGGGCUGUUUUAAAAAUAUGUCAAACUGUGGAGAAUUCCAGCGUAUCAUUCAGCACUGAGAGACACUUCUGCAGCCACAGCGUGCAAACAGGCAGCUCGGACUGUGAAAUCUCAGCUUUGCAACUUAGAGACACACAUUUUUUACAGGGUACGGGAGGACAUGACGGAGAGGCCGAGCAGGACUUCACCGAACUGCUUUGCACUCCGGUGUUGCUGAUAAGGUUUCCAGUGUUUUAUCUCUGCAUCACGCUGAAAAAGACGAGUGAUGCAGCACAGGAGAAACGUUACGAAACAGAAAGCAGGAGAACCGACUCCCAGAUAUGAGCACAGACCGUUUCUUGUCUAGUGUUUUGUAGCUAUUAAGGACUCCGUGACUAAUGGGGGAGAGAAGACAGGUUAAAAAGAAGGAAAAGUGACCUUAGAUUCUUGUGAGCCUAGGGCCCUUUAUUCAUCAAUACAGAGCACAAGGAGCACACAAGGUUAGUGGUGAUUUCUUACGUCUGCAGUCUUAAUUUGCCCGGCUGUAGGGCAAACAUGUGUUCCUCGAGUUUUAUCUAAAAGUGCAACAACAACAGAGGGUUUCUGAUUAUCUCAAAUGUUAUAGCACAAACAAGGGCGCCCUUUCAGACCUUUGUGAGAGGAAAGCCUUCACGUCAGAAAACUUGCUCUGAGCUCAGUACUGGUCACAAUGGACACUCAGGUUGUUUGUAAAGACACUCUUGGCUUUCUUCUUUCAUGAAAUAAACUGAUGGAUUUUGGACAUCAAAGAACAUCACAUUUAUGCCACAGAGAUGUAGAUGGUGUGAUACCCCUUCUCCCCCCCUCUCACCCCUGAACUGACCCUUCUCCUUCAGUGUGUCUCUGUUUGGACAUUUCUACAACAAUAAAAGCUGUUUGGAGCUUUAGCAUCUAACGGGAGGUGCAUCUGCUGAAGACUGACAUGAACAAAACUGAUUCUUCUUAUUAUUUAACUUGUGAACAUUACUUCCCAGAGACCCUGCUUCCUGACGAGCAGCAGUAUUUACCAGGUAGACAUUGACUUUAAAGGACAGAUGGACAAUGCAAUUACGGGGCGAUGUUGCCCCCUAAUAGCGCCUACGUGGGUUACACCGGGAACCGUUUGGCUGAGUCACUCUUUAUCAGCGCCUCUGGCACAUCGUCGCCUGCAGCGGACUUCUACGUGGCACAUUUGGUGCGCUGCUGAGAGGCAAAGGAGGACGAACAUUUAUUUUUCUCACCAAGACACUGAGGCUCUGUCAGUUUCCUCGACAAAAAGGAGGAAGAAAAAAAAAAAACAAGUGUCUGUAACUGUGAACAGCACACCGGCUUAUUGACUCAAUGGGACAAGGGCUGUCAGCAGCAACACAUCAACUUACUAAUUGUCUAAUUCUGCUGACCUGUGUGAGUGCGUGCGUGCGUGUUUGUGUGCGUGCAUGUUGACUUUUGUUGUUUCUCUCUGUAGAAAGUGUCAGUGCCUCCUCUGGCUGCUACGUACUGCAGAUCUACUGUAAUGUUGAAGAACAGAGACCAGAUGGGUUUUGUUUUUGUUGUUUUUCGGUAGGCAUCGCAUUGCUGUCCGUCAUGUGAAUGUUUCACUCGGUGGGAGGAUCGGUAGUAAAGCAGUAUAGCUACGUUGAGAAAGUCUUAUCAGUGCUAGUGAGUACAUGGCUUUUUAGUGAUCACCCUCAAGGGACCAAAGAGCCUUACAGGAGCCCGACUCAGUGACAUCCGGCUCUGUGUUGCUUUAACGAAGUGUCGCUUUAUGUUUGGUGUAUGUGACGGGAGGCAAAGGUUGAAAUUAUUGUAUUAUUUAUUUCAAACUAUUUUGUGUUUUUCUGUCUGUUACCUAUUUAUUGUUCAGUUCCUGUGCUUUUAUUCUGAAAAUGAAGCAAAUUGAAACUGAUCAAAGAGCGAGAAGCACGGUUAAGAUUUGUAAGAGCUCGAAUAAGAGCAAGUUUGACUUCUGCCAUCAGGCUCUUGCGUUGCGAGGUUGAGCUAUAUUUAAGCUUUUGGAAGGAGGGAGGGGGGGGAUGUAUUUGUGUUGAAUUGAAGGAACAUGAAGUUUGAGUUAUGUGCAUAAUGCAGAACCUACAAUGCAACAUUUAUCACCAUUGUUUCAUCUAGUUAUAGUACGGUAUAAAAAAAAAGAAAUGCUCAGACAUACAAGCACAUUCAUGGAUGUACAAACGAUCAAGCAUAAACUGCAACAGGAAGAAGAAAAACCCUCUCCUGCUACUGUUGUCUAACUUUUCCUGAGAAAGUCAGCAAAUAUGAAAAUGUCAAUAGCACCCACAGCCAGUUUCAGUUGGACGAUUCGCAGGACAUUAAGGCUCAGAUCCAUACCUCACACAGCUCCUGGGAGAUUUACAUAAAUGAUUAAAUCAGACGGUUGCAAGUAAGAACUCCGUGCACUUAUACAACUGUUCCCUGCCCUCAUUUGAAAUUUUUAUUUUCUUCUCCAGAAAGGAGAGAAAGAAAAAAUAAUAAAGAAAAAGCAAUUGUUACAAAAAUAGCCACAAAAGGCCGCGGAUUCACGGCCGCAUCCGAUAAAUACGAGUCGCAAUGCUGCUCAAACUCGCCAACCAUGGCUUUAUGUGGUGAGACUGCUGCUUUGUUUAUCUUUUAAAAAAGUAAGAAUUACGGCUUAAAGGUGACAGGUGCAGUAAUCUGCCUCUUGAUCGCCCUCCUUCUCCCCUGAAACCGCCUGUAUUGUCUCUUCCCCAACUGUGUUUGGACCAAAACUGCCUGGUCUGAGCUUUGCAAUCUUCUAUCCCCCCAUCUGUCAUCAUUCCUCUCCAGUUUGGAAAAUAAAGCUACUUGAAAAUGCA